GAAAAAACAAAAGAUAUAAAGAAUUUGACAAAAGUUACAGCUAUUAUGUGGCAAAGCUGUCUGCAAAUGCAUCUGGGAAAACAGUAGAAGACAGCCCAAGUGGUUGAACGCUUGCACUCAUGUGGGAAACCUGAAUGAAACAUCAGGCUUCUGGCUUCAGCUCAGUCAUUGAAGUUGUUUAUGACAUGAACCAACCUUUCUGUGAUCUUCAGUAUUGGAAGCUAAGCAUUGCUGUUAGUCUUGUCCUAAGACACCAACAGUUCCUGGUCUUCACAAUUCUCCCUGUGUGACCUCACUUCACUCUGGUUGUAUUUCCCUGAAUGCCACUCAGUGUCCUCAUGAAAGACAUUGGGACCAACAUCUCCAGUACCUCCAGCUUCACCUUCACAGGCUUCCCAGAGAUGGAGGACCUGGAGCACUGGCUGGCAGCCCUCCUCCUGCUGCUUUAUGCUAUCUCCAUUGUAGGUAACACCUUAAUUCUCUUCAUUGUAAAGGAGGAGCAGAGCUUGCACCAGCCAAUGUACUACUUUUUAUCUCUUUUGUCUAUCAAUGACCUGGGUGUGUCCUUUUCCACACUGCCCACUGUGCUGGCCGCUAUGUGUUUUCAUGUAUCUGAAACUACUUUUGAGGCUUGUCUGUCCCAAAUGUUCUUCAUUCACUUUUUUUCCUGGUCAGAGUCUGGGAUCCUGCUGGCCAUGAGUUUUGACCGCUAUGUGGCCAUCUGUAAUCCCUUACGCUAUUCAACUGUGCUCACCGAUGCCCAUGUGGCCCACAUUGGCAUAUAUAUCAUCAUCCGCAGCUUCUGCAUGGUCUUCCCACUUCCUUUUCUCCUGAAGAGGUUGCCUUUUUGUAAGGUCAAUGUGUUGACACAUUCUUACUGCUUACAUCCUGACCUGAUCCGCCUACCCUGUGGAGAUACUACCAUCAAUAGUAUGUAUGGCUUGUUCAUUGUCAUCUCUGCCUUUGGUGUAGAUUCAGUACUUAUCCUUCUCUCCUAUGUGUUAAUUCUAGACUCUGUGUUGGCUAUCUCUUCCCAGGAAGGGAGGCUUAAGACACUCAACACAUGUGUGUCACAUCUCUGUGCUGUGCUUAUUUUCUAUGUGCCCAUGGUUAGUGUGUCCAUGGUACAUAGAUUUGGGAAUCAUAUCCCUGAAUAUAUACACAAGUUGAUGUCCCUGAUCUAUCUUUUCGUGCCUCCAAUGCUUAACCCAAUUAUAUAUUCCAUUAAGACAAAGGAGAUUCGCAGGAAGUUACACAAGAUGUUACUAGGAUGUAAACUGUGAUCUUGAAGGAAGCUUUUGGAAAGCCAUAUGUCUUAGGAGUUUUGGGUCAUUAUUAAUGUGUGGGUAUAGAAAGUACCUCUUUGGAGUCUUUCAAUCACCUUUUAUACAUGGAUCUAAAAUUAGGAUCCUACCAUCAGUUAUAUAGUCUAAGUCUGACUAUGAAAUAUAACGAAAAGCAUCAGACUGCCCUGUGUUAUAAUAAUCCAAGUAAAAGGUUGCCACAAAUGACUUCUCUCACAGACACCAAGGAAGAGGAUUUUGAAGACUUACUGUAAAAUAGUGAAAUCAUGUCCUAGUAAAGUUGUAAUAUCUAUGCUUCCCAGUAAUCCUCAAUGUGCAAUGUGCACAUACAUAUCAUGUUAUAAUUCAGGAUUUUGUUAUUUAACAUCAUAGGUAUAGCUCAAGAAUUGUUAGUAAAAUAAUACUGUAUCUUCAGACUUUAAAAUUCAAGCAUGAUUUUGAUAAUGUUUAUAUUUAUGAAAUAAGGAAGAGUACUGCCAUAUUGUAUACAAUAGAAAAUACAUUGCUGUCACAUUUUAUUAUAU